CCCAGUGUGAAUGAUAUAGCUAAUUCAAUGCCAGCCUCUUCGGAGAUAAACACUCGGGACUUUAUGUGUUUCUUCCUGUUCUGAUUCAUAUUGCUUCCUUUGAUAUGGUUCCCUGUUCACAAAAUGUCCGUGAGGGAGUUACUUUUUGCGAAGGGCUUACAUUUUAUCGAUGCGACGUCAGCCGUUAUUUUUUUCGUCGUGAAAAUGAUCGUUAUCCCCGUUGCUGCGACAAUAGUAUUCUUGGUGUGGUGCACCGUGAAGGCAAGAAGCAUCGGUCUGGUAGUGUACCAGCCUUCGAGCAUUCACGGGUCCAGUUUGGCCUGGGCAAUGGUCGUGAGCCUGAUGGCCUGCAUCAGUAACUCGGCCACACUCGUCACGAAUGCCCUAGAUUUUGCAUCCAGAGCAAGAACACCUAGUGCCGCAUUGUAUCCACAGCUUUUUGCUAUUCCUUUGACUUGUUCUAUCGUGUGUUUGAUGGGUAUUUUAGUUAGUUACUCUUCACAGGUGAUAUCCGGAGAAGCCAUUUGGUUGCCUAUCGAUUUGUUGGGAAGGUUUUUAGACGACAAUCCAUCUCGUGUGGCCCGGCCCGGGGUUCAUAGAAUAACUAUUUGCCCGACGUAGGUGUUAUCCUGACUACCCCCGAACGUCUAGGUUUGGUUAAUCUCCGCCUCUUUCAAUAUCGUACGAGUGCGACGAACAUUUCAGCUAACUCUGCAUCAGCUGGAUGCGAUCUGACCGCAUUGUUCCCUCGUUUCAUUGUGUGCCCACCUACUCUUCACGGUCCUCCCUUAAGACACCGUACAUAAUCUGAUGCGCCCUGCCUUUCGGAACAGAGUAUCCGACAAGG